AGAGGGUCGUCGAAGAAGGCAUAUGAGGUGUUUGUGUCUAAAAUACCAAGGACCCUUGCAAGCAGUGUUGGUAGUGUUUUGUUAGGCAGGGAACUUUUGUGGGCGCUAGCCACGUGUGCUACUUUCACCUCAACCAGCUUUUCUCUGCCUUUGCAACAGUGCUCAUUUGGUAUUGAUUUUAUUGAUUGCUAAAUUAUCAGGCUUAUUGUAUCCUAAUGAUAUGGGGUUUGCAUGUCAAAGAGAUGGCUACUAUAGAGGAGAUGAAGGACUACUUUGGGCAGUUUGGUCAAGUCAAGAAAUGCCUUGUUCCCUUUGACAAAGAGACAGGCUUCCACAGAGGCUUCUGCUGGAUCGGCCACACGUCCGAGGAAGGCCUGAAUAAUGCUCGCCAGAAAGACCCACACGUACUGGAGGGAUCCACGCUUCAAGUUGAAAGAAACAGAAAAGUGUUUUUGGGGCAGAAAACAAACAAAGAGGUGGUGGAGAAAAGCUGAGGGUGUUUGUAUAUAUGAGGGGUGAAUUCAAUACCUAUGGAAACAGAACUAGGCCACCCAACAGUAUUAUUUUUCCCCCCCUUCAUAGUAGUAUGUCUUCAUAUAUUUAUUGUAAUUUAUCGAAAUAAAGAGACACAAUGUUUGUUUUGCAUGGAUGAAGGAAGUGUUUAUUUUUAUAUCUGUUAGUAAUUGCAUAUUAAUCCUUACUAAGCUAACAUAUGGAAUUGUUUCAAGAUGGUCAUACCAAGGAUCAUUUAGCUAUUUGAUUUGGAAUUUUAGGAGACCUUAGGGUAUAUAAGAAAUAUCCCAAAAUGAUUUGGUGAAACGUUGAAUU